UUGUGAAGCGAAUCGCUGCCCAGCCAGACACACCUCCAGUACCCUUGGCGCGGCUGUAUCAUAACGUCCAAGAUCGAGAAUCCACCACGCCCUGUACGCAGCUCUGACGUGGUUUGCCAACAGAGCAAUUAGAGACGGCCCUUCCAUCCUAAAUUCAGUAUCUCUGCACGUUCUCCCGACAGCUAAAAAUCAUGUCGUCGACCUCCCCCUCGAAGGAACCGGAGGUGGAACCGGAAGUUCAAUCGGGUGAAGACCAGGAACAAAUGGACAAAGACCAACAGGACUCCCAGGCGCAGGGUCAGGGAGAGUUCGAAGUAAAGGAGCAGGACAGAUGGCUACCAAUUGCAAAUGUGGCUCGCAUCAUGAAAUUAGCUCUACCUGAGAACGCGAAGAUCGCGAAGGAGGCCAAGGAGUGUAUGCAGGAAUGUGUGAGCGAAUUCAUCUCGUUCAUCACCAGUGAAGCUUCCGACAAAUGCCAGCAGGAAAAGCGUAAGACGGUCAACGGAGAGGAUAUCCUUUUCGCCAUGACCUCACUCGGUUUCGAAAACUACGCAGAGGCACUGAAGAUCUACCUAUCGAAGUACCGCGAGACCCAAUCCGCGAGAGGAGAGCAUCAGAACCGUCCGACAAGCAGUGGGUACAACGCCGGCGGCCCCGUAGGAGGCCCUCCCGGCGGCGCUCCAUCCGGACGGCCAGUCGCACCGACGGGUCCGGGGGGCUUCCCUGAUACCACGGAUGCUGCCAAUAACAUCAUCAACCCAAGCUUGGACCCCUCUGAGCAGGAUGCUUCCGCCUACGGCUACCCUCCCAUGGUCGGCCAAGCCCACAAUGGCACUGGCGGUGAAUCCUACUAGAGUAAGCGUAUGUGUGCAGGAGAGCCAUCCAACU